UAGAGCAACUUCUUCUUCCGGUAUCGGUAUCGGUAUCGAAACCCUAGCCGAUUAAAUUCUCUCCGCACGCCACUGAUUUUCUUCAUCUACUCUUGCCUCUCUCCCCUUUGCCAUGGCCAAAAAGCGAAAGCUCGAGAACAAGGCCGAGCCCGCCAAGGACCCCGCCCCCGCAUCCACCACCCAAGAACCCAAAGAUGAAGAACCAUUCAACCAAGAGGAACCCAUCAGCCAAGAAGAACCCAUCGAAGAAGAGGAAGAAGAAACCAUCAACCAAGAAUCCCCCGUCGACGAUGACCAGACGCCCCAGAUCCCGGAAUCCUCCUCCCUCAACCCUAACCCUCCAUCCUCCACUGCCGCCGGUAACGGCGUCGCCGGCUACGAGGGCGAGGAGGAUAACGACCCGGCCUCCAUCCAGAAGCUCCUCGAACCCUUCCCGAAGGACCAGCUCAUUGAGAUCCUCCGCGACGCUGCGGUGAAACACCCGGACGUUCUGGAGGAGGUCCACCGGAUCGCGGACAUCGAUCCGGCCCACCGCAAGAUCUUCGUCCACGGUCUCGGGUGGGACACCAAGGCCGAGACCCUCAUCGCCGCCUUCCGCCAGUACGGCGAGAUCGAGGACUGCAACGCCGUCAUCGACAAGGCCACCGGCAAGUCCAAGGGCUAUGGAUUCAUCCUCUUCAAGCACCGGAGCGGGGCCUGGCGCGCCCUGAAGCAGCCUCAGAAGAAGAUUGGCAACCGGAUGACCGCCUGCCAGCUGGCCUCAACGGGCCCUGUGCCACCCCCGGCCCCGCCAGUGUCGGAGUACACGCAGCGCAAGAUCUUUGUCAGCAAUGUUGGCGCCGAGCUCGAUCCCCAGAGGCUGCUGCAGUUCUUUGCGAAGUUCGGGGAGAUCGAGGAGGGGCCCUUAGGGUUAGAUAAGGUGACCGGGAAGCCGAAGGGAUUCUGCCUCUUUGUCUACAAGACGAUUGAGAGCGCGAAGAAGGCAUUAGAGGAACCCCAUAAAAACUUCGAAGGCCAUAUCUUGCACUGCCAGAAGGCAAUCGAUGGGCCAAAACCAAACAAGCCGGGGUUCCACCUCCAGGGCUCCAGUGGCUUGCAUCAUGGUGCCGGCGCUGUUGGAUCGCAUGGAUCCCACUUUACGAGGAGUGAUAACACUGGGUUUAUGGGUGGGGUGGGGAGUCAAGUGCCUGGAGUAGGGGUUUCUGGGCAUAUGGUAGCCCCUUCAGCCGCUGGAUUGGGAUUCAACCAGACAGCUCAACCGGCAGCUGCGGCCGCUGCAGCGGCAGCAGCAGGGUUGAACCCAGCAUUAGGGCAGGCUCUGACUGCAAUUCUUGCCAGCCAGGGGGCGGGGCUGGGAUUGACAAACCUUUUAGGCACUCUGGGUUCUGCUGGAGUCGGGGCACAAGCAGUGAACCAGGUGGUUCCCAGCCCAAUCGUGAACAGUGGGGGGCAUGGGAUGCAAGGCACUUAUGGGAAUCAGGUGGCCACUGUUGUGGGGAACGUGAACCCUGGAGUUAUGGGAGGAUAUGGGGCGCAGGCAGGCAUGCAGGGUGGGUAUGGGAAUGCACAGAUGGGGCAGGGAGGAGCUGGACGGAACCAGCAGGGUCUUGGGCACAUGGGCGGUGUAACACCUUACAAGGGUCAUUAGGUAAGGCUCAGAUCCUUUCUAGCUGCAUUUGUCUAUUAAGUUCUGGGCAGAUGAUUCUCCUGGAGUUCCUGCUUCUGCGCCCACACACAAAUGCAAUGUUUUUCCAUUCUAUAGCUACUCUUUAAUUUAAAACUUGAGUUUUCAGCCGUAGCAUUGGAACUUUAUUUCUUCUUCAAUCCUUCAAAAUAUGUAGUAUUCUGAGAAGCUAUUUUAGUUUCUUAAAAGCCUUUUAAAUGGCUUGUGGAUCUAUUGUAAAAGAGCUUUAUAGAUUUAAAGCAUGUUGGCUAUAAACUGUUGACCUAAUGUUUUGCAAAUUUAGUUAUACUAUUAUGUUAUCUCAACUUUUCCAGGAAAUAAGUUUAUUCUGCAUUAAUCAUUGCACAUAACUAAAUUUUUAAUAUUGCUAUGUUUCAUUUCUGUGUCAACAAGUUUCUGCUCGAAAUCUUGAAGGAAAUAAGCUUCAAAUUUCAUUUGAUGUUUACUUUUGGUUACAAAUAUCAUGAUUUAAGUAUUCAUGACUGUUUUUGGGUGUAAAAAAUGUAUGUGAUUCAGCUUUGCAGAUGCUCACUCUUGUUUUUGCAUGGUGUGGUUUUCUAUUAUUUGGUAUUAAGAGCUUCCCCUUUAGAUACUUUCGACCUAACCUCUUAGUUCACAAUUUAUUACGAUCCAUCACUGAUGUCUGGUGUCAAGUUGGGGCUUCUGAUGCUUUUAUUAGUUAACCAUGACCAUCAAUUCUUUCUGUGGUCUGUUAGAAUGAGCUCUAGCUAGUUUAAUCACUCAAAAACCCCAAGUUUUUGAUUGUGUUGCUAGAUUUAAGAAUUUAAGAGAAUGUUCUACGUGAGAUGGUGUCAAACAUUCUUCAGUCUCAAGUAUUUAACCUAGAGUGUCUAUUUUGUAUUUUAUUGCUGUUUAAUCCUUCAAACGUGGUCUCCAAAGCAAAAUCUGCCACCAUUCUGAGCAUUGUGUUUUUGUGUAUCAAGAUUUUCAACACUUUCAUCCUGAAGGAAUUACUGUUUGGAUGUUGUUCUGCAUGAAAUUGACUCUCUUGGAAUUUUUCUUGUGCGCUAUAAAGCAUUGAGGAGCACUUCUAUGGUGCACAUGGUCUUAUGGUUGGUAUUUCGCAAAGCUGUGAAGGCACAUAAUAUCCUGGUUCAGUCUAAGGUAUGUAAUUGGGUUUCACAUUUGGUUUCCUUUUGGGACCAUCUCUAUUCUUUUGCAAUCUUGUAGUUAAUGUUAAUAUUAGCUUUUAUAGAACAUUCGGCUGUGAAAAUUCGGAAGUCAGAUUUUCACAUGGGAUUACACUGAUAGUAUUAGGGAUAGUUGGAUUAGUUUUCUCAAUAAUUUCAGAAAGUGGUUUGACUGCAAUAUUAUUUUUCAACUAAGAAAAUGUUUCUGUUUUAAGAUCUGGGAUUUGGGCCUUUGCAAUAGAGGGAUUCUUUAGCUGUCCUGACUGACAGUUCCCAUUUUUUUAAGGAUGUGUCAGGGUUAUUUGUUUGAUUAUGAAAGUCUGAUAUAUGAGAGAUGUCAUUUUUGUGAUUCAACCAUUUUAUGAACGAAAUGGAUGGAUUUUUGUGGGAUAUCAUAGAUGGGGGCUCUUCAAAGUCGGUAUUAGUUUUGCAAAUCCUCUUCAAAAUUUUCUUGAGGCUUUAAAUUUCUUGAGAAACAUUGAUUUUUGGAAAUCAGAUGCCAGGUUGCACAUAGGUCGUGCUGCCUGUUUGGGUUUGUUUCGGUGAGAGUUAUUAUUGUUAGUCAUUGACCUUUUUCAUAGACAUUUCAAAAGGUUUCAUUAUAAAUGUUUUGCUAUCUUGGUGCCUUUUUUAGCAGUAAGAAAGAUUCAUGAAUUUUAAUCCCUGGAAAAAGACUGCCUAGUCUUUUGGUAUGCCCUGGAAGUUUUGCAAAUCCUGCUUAGAAUCUGGAAUUACUUUUGAGGUGUUUCCAUCUUCCUCAUUUUGUGGUACAUGAAGUACUUGUACUGUGGAUGGUUAUGAAGCUUUCUUGUUGCUGGCACUCAAUGGCAUCAGGAGUUGACAUUUAACGACAGCAGAGUUGGUGUAAAUGAUUGACUCGGUAAUAUAUGAUGACAACUGGGUUUAGCUAGUGAUGUAAUAUUCAAGGAAAAUUUAUUUAAGUAAAAUUUGCACCGUUACUGUUGUUUUUGGGACUGUUAAUUGUAAUUGCGUUUAUGG